GUAGAUUUGACGUGUAAACACUCAUUUCUAUUCUGGCUGGGAAGGCUGGGUCUCCACUCAGCCGGCAGACUGAAGCGCUUCAGUGAGCGCUCCCUCGCCGCCGCCCAGCCUCUCCCAGCGCGUCUCCUAGCUCUAGCCGAGCAACCCCGAGCCUGGUGUGGUUCAGAGCGGUAGGGUGGAAAGGUCGGGUCUAGCUGGUCUUUCUCUUGUUUCGCUUCUUUUCUCUUUUCUUGCUUGUGUGAGAGCAAGGGAGUGAGCUAUGGAGCAAAGAGGAUGGUCUUUGCAGUGUACUGCUUUCGCCCUCUUUUGUGCUUGGUGUGCUCUCAACAGUGUAAAAGCCAAGAGGCAAUUUGUCAAUGAAUGGGCAGCGGAGAUCCCCGGAGGGCCGGAGGCUGCCUCUGCCAUCGCCGAGGAGCUGGGCUAUGACCUCUUGGGUCAGAUUGGAUCACUUGAAAAUCACUACUUAUUCAAACAUAAAAACCAUCCUCGAAGGUCUCGAAGAAGUGCUCUUCAUAUCACUAAGAGGUUAUCUGAUGAUGAUCGUGUGAUAUGGGCUGAACAACAGUAUCAAAAAGAGAGAAGCAAACGUUCAGUUCAAAAAGACUUAGCAUUGAACCUCUUCAAUGAUCCAAUGUGGAAUCAGCAGUGGUACUUGCAAGACACCAGGAUGACUGCAGCUUUGCCCAAGCUGGAUCUUCAUGUGAUACCAGUUUGGCAAAAGGGCAUUACAGGCAAAGGAGUUGUUAUUACUGUACUGGAUGAUGGCUUGGAGUGGAACCACACAGACAUAUAUGCCAAUUAUGAUCCAGAGGCUAGCUAUGAUUUUAAUGAUAAUGAUCAUGAUCCAUUUCCCCGAUAUGAUCCCACAAAUGAAAACAAACAUGGAACUAGAUGUGCAGGAGAAAUUGCCAUGCAAGCAAAUAAUCACAAGUGUGGGGUUGGAGUUGCAUACAAUUCCAAAGUUGGAGGCAUAAGAAUGCUGGAUGGCAUUGUAACUGAUGCAAUUGAGGCCAGUUCAAUUGGAUUCAACCCUGGCCAUGUGGAUAUUUACAGUGCAAGCUGGGGCCCUAAUGAUGAUGGAAAAACUGUGGAGGGGCCUGGAAGACUAGCCCAGAAGGCAUUUGAAUAUGGUGUCAAACAGGGGAGACAAGGGAAGGGCUCCAUCUUUGUUUGGGCUUCCGGGAAUGGGGGUCGUCAGGGAGAUAACUGUGACUGUGAUGGCUACACAGACAGCAUUUACACCAUCUCUAUCAGCAGUGCCUCCCAGCAAGGCCUGUCACCCUGGUAUGCAGAGAAGUGUUCCUCCACACUGGCCACCUCCUACAGCAGCGGGGAUUACACAGACCAACGAAUAACAAGCGCCGAUCUGCAUAAUGACUGCACAGAGACCCACACAGGCACCUCAGCUUCUGCACCUCUGGCUGCAGGCAUCUUCGCUCUGGCCUUGGAAGCAAACCCAAAUCUCACCUGGCGAGAUAUGCAGCAUCUGGUUGUCUGGACCUCUGAGUAUGACCCAUUGGCCAAUAAUCCAGGUUGGAAAAAGAAUGGUGCAGGCUUGAUGGUGAAUAGUCGGUUUGGAUUUGGUUUGCUAAAUGCCAAAGCUCUGGUGGAUCUGGCUGAUCCUAGGACCUGGAGAAGUGUGCCAGAGAAGAACGAAUGUGUUGUAAAAGACAAUAACUUUGAGCCUAGAGCCCUGAAAGCUAAUGGAGAAGUAAUUGUUGAAAUACCAACAAGAGCUUGUGAAGGACAAGAAAACUCUAUCAAGUCCCUGGAACAUGUGCAAUUUGAAGCAACAAUCGAAUAUUCUCGUAGAGGAGACCUUCAUGUCACACUCACUUCUGCCGCUGGAACCAGCACCGUACUGUUGGCUGAAAGGGAACGGGAUACAUCCACCAAUGGCUUUAAGAAUUGGGACUUCAUGUCUGUUCACACAUGGGGAGAGAAUCCUAUAGGCACCUGGACAUUGAAAAUUACAGACAUGUCUGGAAGAAUGCAAAAUGAAGGAAGAAUUGUAAACUGGAAGUUGAUUUUGCAUGGGACCUCUUCUCAGCCAGAGCACAUGAAGCAGCCCCGAGUGUAUACGUCCUACAAUACUGUCCAGAAUGACAGGAGAGGAGUGGAGAAGAUGGUGAAUGUUGUGGAGGAGCAGCCCACACAAAAGAGCCUGAAUGACAAUCUCCUGGUGCCUCAAAGCUCCAGCAGCAGCAGUGUGGAGGGCAGAAGGGAUGAGCUGGCACAAGUGGCUCCUUCAGAGGCAGUGCUGAGGCUCCUACAAAGUGCUUUUAGCAAAAACUCACCUUCAAAGCAAUCACCAAAGAAGUCUGCAGGUGCAAAGCUCAGCAUCCCUUACAAGAGUUUCUACAAAGCCCUGGAGAAGCUAAACAAACCCUCUCAGCUUGAAGAUGCUGAGGACAGUCUGUACAGCGACUAUGUUGAUGUUUUCUAUAAUACAAAACCUUAUAAACAUAGAGAUGAUAGGCUGCUGCAAGCUCUUGUGGACAUUCUGAAUGAGGAAAAUUAAUAGUGUGGCCCCAAGUUGGAAAUAUUCAUGCAUCCUCCUUCCCCUUAGACUUUUCUGGGUCUAGAGUUGUGUCACUGAUUUCUAUGCUUAUAAAGUCCUUGUUGGUGUUUUUACUUUUUCUCCUCAAACUGUACCUUGGGGUGAGUUCCAAAAGGAAAGCAAACUUCAUGAAUGGGUCUCAAUGUUUAAGAAUGUCUUCCCUAUCUGCACAAAUAAAGCAACUUCUUUCAAAAGUCCCUGUCGACAUACCCAGUGGAAUGGCUCCUUGAGCUUCUCCCCCAUUUCCUAUCUCACAAGAAUAGGAAAAGACUGGGAGAUCCAUUUUAAUUUAGAAAAGUUAUCUACAAAGGUGGGGGGUACUACAGUUUAUCUUGUUCCCUAUUUUUGCAAUUGAGUCCUUAGAAUUUUGAUCAUAAGGAAGCCUUCAUAAAGUAUCUAGUGAAAGUUCACAACUAGGUCUGCACCCUAGGCAGCACUAUGUGUUGCUCAUGCUGAGGCUGAUAAUCUGACCAUUUUAGAGAGCGGCAGAAUAAAAUGCACUAUUUACAUAUGAAAACAGCUCUUCAAUUUUAUAUUAGAUAGAAUAGUUAUAGAAUACUUCUCUUGAUAGGUGUACCAUGCAGAGAUCUCUAUGGAUCCAAAGAUGGCUGUGACUUAUGCUGUAUAUGGCCUGGCCUUCUAUUUCCCUUUCUGUCUUGUAUGUUUUCUUUCUGAGCUACAAACUCAAAACUCAAAGAACUAAUUCAUGCUUAUUUCUCUGAACAAAAUUAUGCUUGAAUUUGGCAAAUGCCUAGUCAUAGUUUUGUUUAAUAACAAGCAGCCACUCAGUGUAUAGAGAACCAGUGUACUAACAGAGAAAAUAGUGAUUAAAGGGGAGAAGCAGUGAGACAUUCUCACAAUGUGUUCCUAGGACAGGUUCUUCUAGUUCUCUGUAAAUGAGUGUUCAUUUCUGGACACCACAGGGUCUUCUCUAAUCUCAGAAGAAAGUAUUCAAAUUCUUACCAAAUUCCUUCCAUGUUUCAAAUCAAAAAACAGAUGGGCUGCACUUAGGUCUUAUUUGUCCUUCCUGUAAGUUAUGCAGAAUGUCUCAAAAAUGCAAAGGACUGUUCAAAGUGUGAGAUUUCACAUAAAAUCUGAUUUUCAGAUCCAUCAUCUAUCACUGCAAUAGCCGGCAAAAGGUAGCUCCUUCUUAGUACGAUUCCAAGUCCAGGAUUCCCUGGCUGGCUUUUUUUUUUUUUUUUUUAUUGCAAUAGCCACUUUAUUUGUUACUACUCAGUAUCCCAUGGGCAUAUAUUCCUUUUUAAAUUAAGUGUGUUAAUUGUAGAAGAUAAGGUUUCAUCUUGACAUUCUCCUCCAUGUACUUCAUGAACAUGGACAAUGUCCAUCCUCCAUUAACCUCUCUUCUGUUUGUUCCUACUUGUCCUCCUCUUCAUAAGUGCUCCUGCCUCUAAUUCCUGUCUUUGCAUUUCAUCCAGAUUACACAUAGAAGAGAAAAUGUGAUAUUUGUCUUUUUACACAUGUGAUUUUUGCCCAAUUCCACACUAAAUGUAUCUGUAUAAAGUGCAAAUGUGUUAGGAAAAAGAUUUCACACAAGUACUUCCAGGCAGGCUUUGCCAUUAAUAAUUGAGUUUGGUAUGACCUAGUUAGUUUUUUGCAUUUAUAAGUAAAAAGAGUACUUGGAAUCCUAAAAAUAUCUUGGGAGUUUCAUUUAAUAUGAACACUUAAUCUUAUCUCACUGGAUAUUCAUUUCUAUUAUUCAUUAACUAGAGACCCCUGCUUCCUUCUCUUAGCAUGCCAAUGCAGACUCUAGUUAACUGUAUGCUUGCAUUCUCCAACUGAGUUGGUUUGUAAAUUUUCUACUAUGUCUGAGCAUUCUACAGUCACUUCCAGCACUGAAUUAGUUCAGAAAGACAAUUGCUUUUUCUUUGAGUGUGGUUAGCAUGAUAAAUUUUCACCUCCUGUUUUAUCAUUUAAAUUUAUACAUAACAAGGUUCUCUUCAGAGCCAUGCCCAUGAUGCUUAGAAGGCUUGCAGUAGCCCUCUGUUCUUGAAGGUUUUACAUGGUGUUUGUUAAAAGGUUUAAAUGAAAUUUUCACUAUUGUAGCAAAUUAAAACUGAAAAGGACUUAAGAGUUACUACAUUAAAUUUUAACUAAUUAAAAAUGGCCUAGAGGAAGAUAUCACUAAUUGUUAAUUAGUGAUUUAGAACAAUGAAAGAGUUGGAGGUCAACAUCCUUUCCUAAUCCUUAUACUAAAUAUAUAGAGAUUUUCUGCAGCCCUUUUGAAUAGCAUCUUUUCCCUAUAAGAACCCCAACUUGUGGGCUAUAGCCAAAGGUUCACUCUGGAUAAGCUUUAAUAUUUAGACAAUACUAUGUUUGAAUGUUUCCAUAUUGUUUAGACAAAAUAUUUUUGUCAGUUUGUUUUUAGUGCCUAUGUGGGUUUUUGUGAAAAUGUUAAAAAUGAUAAUUAUAUAAUAUUUCCCUUGGAAUUUUAAGCUAUAUUUUCUUUACAGGUAUUUAUAAUGUACCAAAUGCUUUUAUCAAACAGAAUUUUAAAAGGCAUAUUAAAUUAUAUUAAAGAAUCAAAAGCUUUCAUGAGAAUAAGAAUGCUUCAUCCAAUAAAAUAUUUUUGAAAGGCAUGUCCCUCUGUGAAUAGGAAAGUAUAUAUGUAUAUAUAUAUAUACAUAUAUGUGUGUGUAUGUGUAUAA